GCAAUCACUGACCAUCCUGGGUCCUCAUUCAGGGAGAUCCUUGCUCCUCUAGACUUCUAGGCUCCUCUCAUGCGGCUUGUCCAAGAUCCAUCCCAGACUGGAAACACAGACAGAGUUCGCAAACGCGUCAGGACCCGUGCUCUGCAGGCGUCGAUUGGGGCAGCGGCAUGUGUUCUGAUGGUGUGAUGGAGUGACCGUGGGCCAUGCAGCCGAACAGGGAAGCGAGCAGAGCUGCUGCAGUAUUUAUGGUGCGGGUGACUUGGGCUGGGCUGGGCUGGCUGGGCUGAAUUGAAUACGGUACGGGAGUAACUGCUUGUAGUAAAGGGGGGUGGGAUAAAUACCAGCAUUACCCCGCUAUCACCCCUCAGCUUGAAUAUUCUGACUUUUUUUCUUCCUUCUCCUUUCCUCCCUUUCUCAUCCUCUCUCUCCCUUCCAAAAAUCCGCGAUCAUGUCGAAGCUCUACGUCGGAAACCUCUCAUGGGGAACCAACACCGAGGCCCUCAGACACGUCUUUUCCGAAUUCGGCCAGGUUGUUGACGCUAUCGUCAUGACAGACCGCGAAACCGGCCGCAGUCGCGGCUUCGGGUUCGUCACAUUCUCCAAUGAAUCCGAGGCGGAGGCAGCGCAGAACAGCUUGAACGAGCAAGAUCUGGAUGGUAGACGUAUCCGCGUGAACAAGGCUGAUGGUGGCCGCCGGUAAUCAUCUCGAUUUGCGGUAAGCGCGACUUGAGCGAAAAGUG